AUCCGGCAAAUACCUACGAUCGUGAGCACGGUGGCUUGGCUGGUCAGUCAGUUGAAGUCUCAGCGGAGGCGAGAAGUGUAGUUCAAGGCAGGUUUGGGGGAUAACCAUGGAAACCAUCCUGCCUCACACACCGAGAUAUCUUCGCCAGCCAGCCCUCAUACCCUUGUCCUGCAAAUCAUGGUUUACGGGCGUUGGGUUACUCGUUGUCUGGAUGUCUGAUGUCAGUCACCAGCAACCUGAUCCACGCCGCCCUACAUUCCCCUACAACUCCGUGUCUACGCGUUCUAGCUCUGUAAACUGUUUCCAUACCCAAAUAUCAACCCGGAACCGAUUUUCGUCGUCCUGGUGGGUCGUGAUGGCGACGAUCAUCGACCCUACUCUUCCAACAGAGACCACAAAGUUUUGCCAAAUCACACAGAGGACGGAGGUACGCGGCGGCGGCUCUGGUUUACCUGACGCUCAAUAUCAACAGAUCAACCACCGCCUCUUAGAGGAAUACCAUUACUACGAUCAAACAUCGGUGGAAGGCACUGGUACAUUCUUAGGUAGCGCGUAGAAGGCCGCGAAGUGCUAUUUGAAGAUAGUACUCUUUGUUUCUGAGAGCGUCAUCAAACCGGACUCAAAGUCUAGGCCAAGUAUCAUUCG